CCCCAACUCUUCAGUUGGAUUUUAGAACAUCAGACGGGCGGGCGUGUGUAGGAUGGAUCGUUAACAACACCAGCAGUUUUUCAUUCCGCCUUCUAACAGUGUUUGUUUAUUACCUUCCGGCACACUUUCCGUGAAUCCUUCUCGACUGUGGUGCUUCAUAUAUUUUUUUAUUUAGGCGUUUAUUUUGAACCUUACCUUUAAACGCCGUUCCGAUUUCACGUCGAGAAGGCGGCCGCACAAGUUUGAAAGCGGCUUUUCAAGAGUAGAACACCUACUCAAUUCAAUAUCGCUGUAUCAACACCAACGCAUCAGGCAAUUAUCAAGAUGGUGAAGAAGGUCUCAGAAGAGAGUGUAGAUAGCGGCGUCGGCCGUUGCAGCAGCCAGUCGGGCAGCGAGCGGGAGACGGACGAGGGCCGCUCGGAGCCGUCUGCGCCGGUGGCCAUCCCCGACAGCGAGGACCUCCAGCGGCGCAAGGAGGAGGCGCGCAGGCAGCGCCGCAGGAAGAAGCGCUCUGGCAGCUCCGUUGUCACGUCAUGUUUCCAAGACCUGUACAAGUUGACGGGCGAGGUGCUAGGCGAGGGGGCGUACGCUUCGGUGCAGACGUGCGUGAACAUCUACACUGGCCAGGAGUUUGCAGUAAAGGUCAUCGACAAAGUGCCAGGACACGCCCGCGCCCGGGUUUUCAGGGAGGUGGAAACCUUCCACUACUGCCAGGGACACCCGAACAUAAUCCAGCUCAUUGAAUUCUUUGAGGACACUGACAAGUUUUACCUUGUCUUCGAGAAGAUCAACGGCGGUCAACUCCUGUCGCGCAUACAGGAGCACCACUACUUCUCAGAGCCGCAAGCGGCGGAGAUCGUGCGCGAGAUCGCCAACGCCCUCCACUUCCUCCACGGGAAGGGCGUGGCUCACCGCGACCUCAAACCAGAAAAUAUACUAUGCGUGCAUCGCGACAGACUCUGCCCGGUCAAGAUCUGUGACUUCGACCUCGGGAGCGGCAUUAGCUUCACUUCGAGCCUAGCCAGCCCAUUGGCCACACCGCAACUAAUGACGCCGGUCGGCAGCGCGGAGUUCAUGGCUCCGGAAGUGGUGUCGCUGUUUGCGGGGUCGGCGGCGACGCACUACGACAAGCGUUGCGACCUCUGGUCCCUGGGGGUGAUCGCUUACAUCCUGCUGUGUGGCUACCCGCCGUUCAGGGCCGACUGCGGCUCCGAGUGCGGCUGGGAGCGCGGCGAGAACUGCCGCGCUUGUCAGGACCUGCUCUUUAGGUCCAUUCAGGAGGGCCGUUAUUCGUUCCCCGAACAAGAGUGGGCGCAUAUUUCCUCCGAAGCGAAGGACCUGAUCCGCCAACUGUUAGUACGCGAGGCGUCACACCGGUUGAGCGCGGAGCGGGUGCUUCAGCAUCCGUGGCUGCGGCGCGCCGACUCCAUGGCGAGGUUGACGCCGCUGCAGACUCCCGUCAACAUCAAGCGGAAUAUGUCGGCGCGCAAUCUGUCCAACUUCGCCGAGUCGGCCAUGGCUGUGCACCGCGUGAUCCAGCAGCACUUCUCCAUGAACUACUCGUACAUGGAGCGGCCGCCGGCCGUGCGCUUCUCCAAGUCGUGCUAUCCCAGCCCCGAGCAGGGCGAGCUCUGCCCCGGCCGGCCGCGCUGCGCCGACGCCUGCUGCGCGCCGCUGGGGCUCUCGCCGCCGACCGAGUCGGAGCUGCUCCGCCGGCGGCUGCAGGACAAGCCGCCGCUCCCCGUGCAUUAGCCACACAACCAACCAACCCCUGCAGCAGUAUCGACUUGACGGCGAUUUACUAACGGUGUCUCUUGCUGACUUUAUGGACUCUGAAAUUAGCGCUAGCGUUGAGUACACUUGUUUACAUGUGACGUUCCCAGCGAAAAUUGACCUUAUUGUGUUAAUAGUGAACUUAAACACGAUUUCUUGAUUAUACGUGAAAUAUAUGACUAGACUUUUGAGGACCUUUUUCGAUGAUAAUGUCACAAAUAUUAGCGUGCUUGAUUAGGAUAGCGGUACGCUUGUUAAAUUAGCAAUAAGUGCUCCCAGCGGAAGGGUUAAAGUCACAGUUCAAGCACGUGUAUACGCGCGUCGCACUGGACUAUUUUGUCUUCUUUCCCUCUCUCUACUAGAGAGAGAAUGAGCUACAAGUCGUGCCACAGUCCGUCUCUUGUUAACCGCCGUUGGCGUCUCGACGUCGGUCGUCCCUGGCCCGAAAUGACGCGGCUGGCCCGAACAUUCCGCCGCGACGAUACGACCCACCGCGAAUAUACUUAUUUUACCUCUCACAAGAAUAUACUAAAAUGGACUCUAAUGCAAUGAGCUUAGAAUUGAUGUUUCAUGUUCGAUAUUCCAAAUUUUAAUUGGAGAACAUUGGUCUAAAUCCGAUCAAGUCUUUCAUUCGCGCACAUAUUAUCUAGCCAAGUGAUUGAAAUCAAUUCGAACCGUACCUAUUAUCUAGCUGGCACCACUAAACGAGCGCGGACGGCAGACAUAAAUUGAUACAGACUAAUAACUUUUGUAACUUUCUCUGGAAUGUACUGUUACAUAAUAUGCUUAUUGCAUUAAAAUUUAUUUUUAUCGAUGCUUGUCGGAAGUAAAAUAACUAAGAAGGGAGUGCAACAUCCGCACGGUAGAAUCGGCUCGGAUUGUGCCAACGGAAUAAUUCCACCAGUGAUAGAUAUCCGAACGCAACGCGUACGGUACAUAUGAAGCUGAAACAGUUUUAUUUGAGCCUUUUAAAGAUAUAUUUUUAUGAAUAAAUAAAAACGACUGAAUAGUUUUUAUCGAUAUGUAGAGUAUUUGUGAGUUUAUGUUGAGGCGGCCACCGCCGAAGACCGACGACGGUCGAUAAAUAUCGUAUUAUAUUGAGAUAGUUGUGCUGAUCUACUUUAUUAUCUUUAUAUCGACUACAAAUUAUUUUUGGAUUUAUGAAAUCCGCAAUUGAAAUUGAGCUUAUGUAUUUGUGUAAAUCGCCUUUCGUUUGUGGCCUAUCCUUUGCAAUAAAUAGAAAUUAUGUAAUUUUUCGAUGGCGUUUUUGGAUACUAGUCUGUUUAUGUGAUUGUUUUUUUUGCAUUUUUACCAACGAUGGAAAAACCACAUCUCAUUAAUUAAGAUUGAAUCAACAAUGUUUUUACAUAUAAGGGAGUUAUGGGUGGUAUAUGACAUUUGCUGAGGGUGCAAGUGUAUAAUUUUGCAUAAUUACUUUUGAUGUUAGAGUACAAUAAGAGUUAGCUUACAUUGUCCAGUUAGGCACUUGGCUCGAGAAAUGUCAUGUAUUGACUCGAGCUGUUGGUACGUUAAGUGUUGCAUGGGGUUCCAUGGAACUGCCAUAACAAUGUGAUCAGUUUGAAUACUUUUAUAUUGCUGAAGAGUGAAGUUGAAAUAAUGUUAAGUGUAGACUUGCUAGACUGUAAUCUGCGUACAAACUUGAUUGGAGAAAGACUCGCGAAGCGCGGUACCGUUGAGCAUAUUGUUUAUAUUUUCACAAAUUUUAUUAUCCCCCCAUAGAUUAUAUAAGUAAUUCGUUUUUAUUUUUGUCCGCUGGCUUUAUCCAAUCAAUUAAAUGAAUUAGAUUUAACGCAGUAAUUUGUUAAAAUUUUGUUUUCGACUAAAUCAUUGAUUUAAACUGUCAUUGAAAUACAGAUGUUUGAAUUUU